AUGGACAAUCUGAAGCUGGGGAAGCUAAAGGUGGUGCGGCGGCAGCUGCUGCAGAGGUAUGAGCACCAGCCGUUUGUGUCAUGUCUGGCUGGUCUAUACGGCUGUCAAUGGAGACGCUACCAGAGGGCCAAGUCACAGCCCGGGGAGAGCUGCUGCAGCAGGGUGGAGUGUGGGAGCGUGGUUUUCCUGGUCCUGACCUUCCUCCUCUCCUCUCUGUUCCUCUACUUCUGGAGCCAAGCUCACAACGAUUACAAUGACUUUGACUGGUUUAAAUUUGAGACUCUGGGAUUCUGGUUCCCCUGGUCUCUGGUGCUGCUGGUUGUUGCUGCUGCUCUGUUCACCUACAUCUCUCUGCUGCUGGUACUAGCAGUGUGUUUACUGUCUGAGGGACAGAGGUUGUACCUUCACUGGAGUCACAAGAUGGGGAUCGUGGUGACCAUGGCGUUCUCUGUCAGUGCCACGGCUGUUCUCUCUGAGGUGUGGAGUAAAGAGUGGAAGACCCUUCUCCUCUCCCUGCAGGUCACAGCCCCCUUUCUUCAGGUAGGCGGGGUUUUAUUGAUGACUCUCCUGUCCUGGCCAAUUGCGCUGCACUUUUUUCGUAUGAACAAGAGAGUGCAUCAAGUGUGUCUGUUGGGUGUGUACAUGAGUGCAUUGUUCAGUCUGUACCUGGUUCCUCUGGCCAUGUAUUCUCCCUGCAUCAGAGAAGCUGGAACCCUGGGGCCAAAACCAACACUCCUCGGACACAGAGGAGCUCCCAUGCUUGCCCCAGAGAAUACUCUAAUGUCUUUUGAGAGUGCAGUGGAGGCUGGAGUGGACGGGUUUGAGACUGACGUCACUAUAAGUGCUGAUGGCGUUCCGUUUGUGAUGCAUGACCUCACCCUGCAGAGGACCACUAACGUAGAGGAGGUGUUUCCUAACAGAACACACACACCUGCUGCCCUGUUCACCUGGUCUGAUGUACAGCAGCUCAACGCUGGGGCCUGGUUCCUCUCUUGGGAUCCGUUUGGCACGGUGUUCUCUCUGUCACCAGAGCAGCGAGAGCUAGCUGCCAAUCAGAUGGUUCCCUCCCUGGAUGAAGUUCUGGACGUAGCGAAUCGGGCGGGCAGGACAGUGCUGUUUGACCUGAGACAACCUCCUCCUGGACACCCUUACAGAGACAACUACCUCAACAUCACCCUGGACCUCAUACACACACGCAUCAACUCCAGCCAGGUGCUGUGGCUGCCAUCAGAUCAGAGAUGGGAGAUACAGCAGGUGGAUCCAGAGCUGCAACAGACAGCCGGACAGACUGCCUCUAUUCAGGAACUACAGGACAACCACAUCACUACCCUCAACCUGCAUUACAGCACCAUGUCUCUGCAACACGUCAGUAAGUACAGGUCGGUGAACAUCAGUGUGAACCUGUAUGUAGUGAACCAGCCGUGGCUCUACUCUCUGGCCUGGUGCAGUGGAGCAUCCUCUGUUACCACCAACAACAUGCUGCUGAGAGAUAUACACACACCGCUGCUCCUUGUGACUCCAGAGCAGUAUAGUGUGAUAUGGAUUCUGACUGACCUGGUCUCUGCUGUUCUUAUAGUCUGUGUCUUCAUAUUCCACUGGUGGCGUGAGCGAGGCCUACAAUUCUGGUCAGGCAGUCGACAGACACACGAGACCGGGCCUUAUAGCAAGUUCAGGACUGAUCCUGUGGAGUCAGGGUGGGGUCGAUGGAAUCCCUUCCACUCAGAGUCUCCUACUAGAGCCCUCAUCUCUCUCCCUCUGGACCUCAACCCAUGAACUCAACUCAUGAACCAUUCCCAAACCCCAAAUCUUUGGACUUCAACCCACACAUGAACCCUGCACCAACCCCUCACCUGAACUCCAACUACCACACCCCUGACCUCUAACCCUUAACCUUUGCCCAGCAGAGCUCAGCGACGUCUGGUCCAUCUCCAGUGGGAAUGUCCGAACUGAACUACGGACUCCCAGUACCCUCCACACCAUCACAGAGGAGUAACACACAUGCACACAGACACUCACCCAGUCACGCACACACAAAGUGUGACCGCACAAGAAUGAGCAUAGGGAAAUGGGAAGGAAAACAAGAGAAGAGGAUGAACUAAAUGUGUAAAAAGAGGAAGAGGCUGAUGUAAUGUGAAAGAUAAGCCAGUAUUUUGAUAAUCCUGAUUAAGACUGUUGUUCCUUUGUCCUCACUUGACCAGCUCAUUCACACCCCCUCUGGUGACCACUGGAACUGCAGAACUGAAUUGCUGAAAUAUGAAAUAUACACUGAACAAAAAAUAUAAACGCAACAUGUAAAGUGUUAGUCCCAUAUUUCAUGAGCUGAAAUAAAAAAUCCCUGAAAUGUUCUAUAUGCACAAAAAGCUUAUUUCAUCCCUGUUAGUGAGCAUUUCCUCACUUACCAAGAUAAUCCAUCCACCUGACAGGUGUGGCAUAUCAAGAAGCUGAUUUAACAGCUUCUUGAGGUGCACCUUGUGCUGCGGACAAUAAAAGGCCACUUUAAAAGGUGCAGUUUUGUCACACAACACAAUGCCACAUAUGUCUCAAGUUUUGAGGGAGCGUGCAAUUGGCAUGCUGACUGCAGGAAUGUUCACCAGAAAAUGUAAUGUACAUUUUUCUACCAUAAACGCACGUGGUCUGCGGCCUCACAACCGCAGACCCCGUGAAACCACGUCAGCCCAGGAUCUCCACAUCUGGCUUCUUCACCGGCGAGAUCAUAUGAGAUGGGUUUGGAGUGAGGGGUGGUGAGAAGUAUUUGUCUGUAACAACUAAUUCUGAUUGACUGGGCCUGGCUACCAAGUGGGUGGGCCUAUGCCAUCCAAGGUCCACCCAUGGUUGCACCCCUGCACAGUCAUAUGAAAUCCAUAGAUUAGGCCCUAAUUCAUUAAUUUCACUUGAAUGAUUUCCUUAUAUGAACUGUAACUCAGUAAAAUCUUUGAAAUUGUUGCAUGUUGUGUUUAUAUAUUUUGUUCAGUUUGUUGUUUUUAUUCUCAUAACUGUUAAGACAUCAGCUGCAUUAGAGGAAUGUAUUCAAUGUAUUAAAUAGGGUCUAUAUUUUCUGUGUGAGUGAGUGGAUGCAGGUGAACACUGACUGUACUGUGGUUUUAGUUUGAUAAGGUUUUAAUGAUCAGGAGUUGCUAUGUAUAUUUGAAUGUAUGACCAAGCAAUAGCCUAGGGUUUUAGCAUGGCAGUGAAUACAGCAUCUGCUUCUGCUAACACACAUAUCUAUCUAUCAUGAGAUCUACUCCUAAAUCUUAAUUGUUUAUUUUGAGGUUGUAGAAGCUGUGUAUGACUUUCAGGUGUUGUGUGGAAAGUUGCUGGUUUCAGGUGUUAGUCUGUGGGUUGGUUGGUUGGUAAUGGCUCUGUGGACAAUGUUGAGCAGGAGACAGGAGAUCUACGUGCCAUAGGAGACACAAUGUCCACAGGCCAGGUUGGUUGGUAAAGGCUCUGUGGACAAUGUUGAGCAGGAGACAGGAUAUCUACGUGCCAUAGGAGACACAAUGUCCACAAGCCACUGGCUAGCCAUACAGAGGAGAAGAGAGAGAUUUUAUGGGCUUCUACAAAACUUUUGUUAUUAUCUGAAGCAUUCUAGAACUCUCCAAGAGAUUCUGGAACCCUCCCAAGACAUUCUAGAACUAUCCCAGGGCAUUCUAGAACUGUCCCAAUACAUUCUCACAAGCCAUUCUAAAACUCUCCAUGACAGAAAAUACAUGUUGACAAUCUGUAUGUUCACAGUAAACCAACUAACAACAGAGCAGUUGAUAUCCUGAUGACCAGAGAGUAAAAUAAUGAUCUUCUGCCAUUGGUGGAAUUGCACUCCGCCUUGCUUGCAUUAGAGACCGCUAGGCUAUACAAAUACCAUGCUAUCAGGAAUCGAAACCUAUAUUUGGUCCCAACAAUGAUUCAAAGGUAUCAAACACUCCGAAUGUAAUUGUUGUUAAAUAGCAAAAGGGUACAUAGUAUUUCUGGUUGUUUUCUGUAUAACAGGACGACCGUUUUGUUUUAAUGUAUAUGAGCCUUCUCUAUGUUAUGUUACUAUUUUCUGACUGUAAAUGGUAUUACCUGAUAUUAAAAAUCUUUAAAGGA